AACAGCUGCAGUGAUGAUGACACAGAAACGGCCAUUCUCAUUCAAGCACAUGCCAUUCAGGAGAAACACAUCUCAGCCCCGAGAGGAGAUGGCCACCGGAAACAUCCAGCUCUGCUCCAAUUCUCCUGGGACCCUCAACAAAUCCAUUCCAGCUGGAUAUAUUCCAAAGCCCCUCAUAAUUCCUGAUUAUGUAACAAAGUACCCAAAGAUUGAGUCUGCAGAAGAACGGGAGAGAUAUAAAGGAGUAUUCAAUGACCAAUAUGCAGAAUACAGGGAACUACACUCUGAGAUACACGUGGCCAACAAAAAAUUCCAAGAGCUGAAAGUUCUCAUUGAGAAACUGCCUCGCUACACAGAGAGUUCAGAGGAACACAAACGAAUAAUGAAGAUCCUUAAGGAUUACAAGGAGAAAAUUGAAGACCCUGCUUUUGUGGAGAAAAAAGACCGAUGCAUGUAUUUGAAGAAUAAACUCUCAUACAUCAAACAGCGAAUCCAAGAAUAUGACUCUGAAUGCAGCUCCAAAGGCAAUUACUGAAAGCCCGACUCAAUUAAUAUCGAGGAAAAUAGAAACAUUUGCAUUUAGAUAUCAACUUUUUCAACCAUGAGCAAUUAUGAAGGGCUGAAUGGCCUCUUCCUGCCCCAUAACAAUUCUGUGAUUUUUUGUAAUUCUGCUUUUAGUGGGUGUAAUGUGCACAAACUCUGGGUUGCUGCCAGAAUCUCACUCGGUAGAGGCAGUUAGUGAUGUAAUGAGGGUAAAAAGGGAAUGUGCAAGAACCACUCCCCUCUCCCCCCGAAACCACCCCACCCUCAACGACUGCACUCCCACCCCCUCCAAAAGUGGUGAGGACCAUGUUCAGGAGGGUGUCCUGGCCACUUGUUUUGAUAAUUCUCUCAUGGGAUAUGAGCGUCACUGGCUGAGCAAACAUUUAUUGCCCUCCCCUAUUUUUCCUGGCAAAGGUGGGGGUGAGCUGCUUCCUUAUCCUGCUGCAGUCCAUGUGCUGAACAGAGUGUACAAUACUGUUAGGGAUCGAAUAUCCAGGAUUUUGACCCAGCCACACAGAAGGAACAAUGAUAUAUUUCCAAGUCAGGAUGGUGAGUCUCACCUUCAGCAUCCUAGGCUGCUGCUCCCAGUUAUCCUGGAAUUCUGAGUUGCAGUUUUUUUUCUUCAUUCACUGACGAGGGUGUUGCUGGCUAGGCAGCAUUUAUUGCCCAUCUCUAAUUGCCCAGAGGGCAGUUAAGAGUCAACCA